AUGCGCGUAGGAGGAUCAGGCUGGAGCUGCACGGCCGCAAUGGUAGCCGGUUACAUUGGAGUAUCAUGGGCAAUAGCAACAGACGAUCAAUACACGCUGGGAACAUCGCGGAAUCCGAACUACAUCCCUCAAGAUCAGUGGCGGGAGUUCGACGGGCAGAAAACAGCUGUUGGAGUAAUACCGGCUGAACUUGCUGCUAUUGAACAAAAAACACCAGAACUAGAGGAUACGACCGAUGCGAUGGUAGCAGGCGUACAACCACUUCUCGUGACGACAACUACGUACGAGGCUGCCGUGACAGUAACCUAUCCGAAGAUUACAGAAGGACCUUCUUUGUUGAAACGAAAGCUGGGCUCAAAUCGCUGGGAUUUAAUACACGAGGGGAUCCAAGGCCAGAAGCGCGAUGCGACAGAUUGUCCAGCAAACUACCAAUUGUGCCCGAAAUCUAUGAAUGGAGGCUGUUGUCCAAACGAUCGCGUGUGUGGUACAAGUAGCUGUCUUCCCACAAGCGCUGGACCAAGUUCAGCAUGUGGCAAAGUGGGAUAUACCGCAUGCGGUAUUGCGGAUGGAGGUGGAUGUUGCCCGGGUGGUUAUGUAUGCGGUCAAGCCGGCUGCAGUCCUUCUGCUGGAGUUUCCAAUACCCAAACUUGUGGAAUCAACUCGUACCUUUGCCCAGCAUCUCUUGGCUAUGGAUGUUGUAAGAACGGAUUAGGUUGUGCUGUCGAGGGUUGUUGGACUACUAGUGCUACUACAUGGUCAACGACCGAAACCCUCACGACAACUGACGCUAGCUCGCAUUUGGUGACAAUUACUACAGCCAUUGUGACAGCAGCCACGCCCUCGGCUCCAGCUGGUUCAGUAGUGGUCGAAUCUAACCUGAUUCCGAAAGUAACAUCGACACCAACGGCAAUUGCCAAGACAGAUGCUACUGGGACCUCAAGCAGCAAUGGACUUUCAAAGGCUGCGAUUGGUGGAAUAAUUGGAGGUGCAGUGGCAUUCUUGGUUAUAAUUUUAAUCGUAGCCUUUUUUAUACUUCGACGUCUAAACACAGCCAUCAAAGCGGCCUCAGGCGGCUCCCGGACUCGCGCAUCUUCUAGCGUCCCACGAUCAGCUCUGUCGCGGCCGAGGAACCCCAGGGAAACCCCGGAUAUCGAUGCAAUGUCUGUCGACCCGUUGAUGAUGACCGGGUCAGAGGUCGGCAGCGUCCGCCAUCCGUCCUAUCAAUCACAAAGCACAAUUCAUGAAUUCGAUGCUUCCCCGCCUGUAUUUUCGAGUCCCUUUUCACCGAACCCACCUCCACAUACCCACUAUCCCCGCGGCUACCAUGCAGUCGCUCCUUCUGAAUCGGCCCACUCGAAUGUGAGCUCUAAUAAUAAAAACCCUUCAGUGGAAUCUACACCUCCAAUGGUCCAGACCAACAGAGAUUACUUCAGCGUGCCUUUGCGCUCCGAGCGCAACUCCCAAGGGUCACAAGGUAGACGACCGAGCACGCAUGGCAGGAACUGGAGCAAUGCAAGCGAGGGUAGCGAAGUAAGUGCCGUCUCAAGCGGAGCUAUCGAGCUAGAGGGAGAGCAACCGUCCCGGAAAUCCAGCAUACAUAGCGCGUGGCAGCGUUUCGGGAUAGGGAGACUUGGGAGCAAGAGAAAAAGCACCACAAGCAAUGCUCCUGUUCUCACAGGAGGCCCAACAUCAAACAAGCAAAACUGGAACAGUCCCAUGUCUCCGGGCCUAGGCCAUAUCCCAGAAGCUGGAGAAAGCCGCCACCAGGUUAACACGGGAGCGCUACGAGCAGGCAUGGAGGGUUUGAGUGGGACUCAGCUCAGAGAAGCUGGGUUGAGUAAUUCGCAGCUCAGGGAGAUGACAAUGUCUGAGCAGGGCCCCCAUUUGAAGGAGACGAGUUAA